CUGGAGCAGACUCGAUGGCGCUCGAAUACUUGCCUGCUGUCCGCCAUUUCCUUCGUCGCGUGUGCUGGUUCUCUCAAUCCCCUCGAUCAUACCCAGCCAUAGCUCUACGGUUAAGCCCUUCUUUUUGUACUAACUGCCUUCUUUCCUCUAAAUUAACAAGUCCCAUCUCCAAAGUUUUGAAACCCCGCGCCACUUCUAAAGAGAAUUACACAUUCUUUUCGAAGAAAGAUGAGCGCUUGGCGGAACAUGUUGGUGCUGCUCAGGAUUUCAGCCGUCUUCAGAACAUGAGCACAAUUGCGGCCAUUGUCACAUCCUUGGGGGGUCCCUCUGGUGCCGUGGGAAUCGUUCGACUUUCGGGGCCUUCUGCUGUGGCUGUUGCUACUCGAGUGUUUCGUCCUGCGAGGAAAAGGAAGAAGGGGACUUGGCAACCCACUAGCCAUGUUGUGGAGUAUGGAAUGGUGCUCGAUAAAGAUGGCAAUGUGAUUGAUGAGGUUUUAGUAGUACCUAUGUUAGCCCCGAGGUCUUACACUCGUGAAGACGUGAUUGAGCUUCAAUGUCAUGGGAGUGAAGUGUGUCUACGCCGCGUAUUGAGAACUUGUCUGGAAGCGGGAGCUAGACUUGCUGAACCAGGUGAAUUUACUCUGCGUGCUUUCCUAAAUGGUCGGUUAGAUUUAUCCCAAGCUGAAAAUGUUGGAAGACUGAUAACGGCCAAAUCUGUUGCUACUGCUGAUGCAGCACUGGCAGGAAUCCAGGGUGGUUUCUCUUCUCUCGUCAGGUCUCUGAGAAUACAGUGCAUUGAACUGCUUACUGAGAUUGAAGCUCGUUUAGAUUUUGAUGAUGAGAUGCCACCUCUAGAUUUAAAUUUAUUAAUGGACAAAAUAUGUACCAUGUCACAAGAUGUACGGGAUGCACUGGAGACAGCCAAUUAUGACAAGCUUCUUCAAUCUGGAUUACAGAUAGCAAUUGUUGGUCGUCCAAAUGUUGGCAAGUCAAGCCUUCUUAAUGCAUGGAGCAAAAGUGAGAGGGCUAUAGUUACUGAAGUUGCUGGAACCACCCGGGAUGUGAUUGAAGCAAGUGUCACCAUCAAUGGUAUUCCUAUAACCUUGCUUGAUACUGCAGGAAUCAGGGAUACUGAUGACAUUGUAGAAAGGAUUGGCGUAGAGAGAUCUGAAGCAGUUGCUAUGGGAGCUGAUUUGAUUAUCAUGACUGUCAGUGCUGUUGAAGGGUGGACUUUGGAAGACACCAAACUUCUAGAAAGGAUUCAAUCUACUAAGAGAUCAAUGGGAUCUUCCACCCCUGCAAUUCUUGUUGUGAACAAGAUAGAUUGUGCUUCUGGUGCUGAGACUGGAUGGGCCGAAGUAUUUUCCAAUUUUUUCAGUAAACAUGUGUUUACUUGUGCUGUGACUGGCGAAGGAUUACAGGAGUUAGAGAGGGUUGUGCUGGAGAUAAUGGGUCUGAACGGCAUUCCCACUGGGGGACGUAAAUGGACGGUUAACCAGAGACAAUGCGAACAACUUGUUCGUACGAAGGAAGCUUUUGAAAGACUAAAAGCGUCGAUAGAGGAGAAACUACCUCUGGAUUUUUGGACAAUUGAUUUAAGGGAUGCAGCGUUGGCGCUUGGGCAGAUCAGUGGAGAAGAUAUAUCCGAAGAGGUUUUAUCUAACAUAUUUGGGAAGUUCUGUAUUGGUAAAUAGAAGUCUACCCCAGGAUUUUUGGAAAAUUGAUUUGAGGGAUGCAGCGUUGGCGCUUGGGCAGAUCAGCGGAGAAGAUAUAUCCGAAAAGGUUUUAUCUAACAUAUUUGGCAAGUUCUGUAUUGGUAAAUAGAGGUCUUAGAAAUCGAUUAUGCCCGUCAGAUUUUUUCGGACUCUUCUUUUGGAUCAUAUGCAAGCUUCAUCUUGGUCACUACGCCAAAGAAUUUAAUUUAACUGCCGGUGGCCUAAUGCCCUGAUGGCACAUGCAUCUCCAUAGAAGAAGGGAGGUUGCAAGUUUUGUUGGCAGGGACACCUCUCUUGAGUUUGUCGUAUAUGAAAUGUGUUUCGUCCUAUACUGGGGAGGGCGUGUUCAAAUUACCCCUUGAAAAAAUACUUAACCUAACCCGAGAUACAAUUCCGGGGAAAGAUGAUUU